AACAAAUCUACAGGCUUCAUCGGAUGAUUGGAUUAAUGCUGCAAUCAACAGUGCGAUAAGUGGCCGUGUAGAAUUGGACCUACAAUUAAAAACAAACCCGUGGCUUUAGAAAAUUGGCCCCUUAUGCUGAAGGGACGUUAAAUGCUAGCUGAGGUCCAAUGGUUCCCAUGAGCCAGCGGCCCCUGACAAUGAGCAGCGUAAUAGCCUGUACGAGGGUCAGGCUCUGCCAAGAGUGGGCCGGAUAAAGAUCAGGGCGCGGGACGAGCCAGGAGCCGGUGGCAGCGAGCGGAGCUGGGCAGGAUUGGAUCCUCCGGGGAGAGAAAGGCAAACACUGGGCUCCCACGCACAUUGUUGCUGUAAGAACAGGGAAAGGGGGGCGGGAAACAUCGGCCGUGAAGUUUACAUCAGGAUUUACUACGAGCGUGGGACCGUCACGGCUGGGUUUCGUCCCACAGCACCAGCGCUGCAGCUUUAAAGCCUCAGCAGCCUUUUUCAGCUCUAUUGGGUCUGUGCUGAGCAGAUGGUCCAGGAGUCUGCGAGGUCCUGGAGAUGAGUGAGAUCUGAGCCACAGCCGCCAGGAUGGAGCCCGUCAGGAGAGACAUGGAGCUGCUCAGCAACAGCAUGGCCACGUACGCACACAUCAAAGCCAACCCCGAGAGCUUCGCGCUCUACUUCAUGAUGGGCGUCUGCUUCGGCCUGCUCAUGGCGCUGUGCCUCCUGGUGGCCGGCGUCGCCUGCAGAACCCGCCGCCACAGCCGGCCGCCGCCCUCCCCCGAGAGGAGGCAGCUGAAGGAGUCCAGCGAGGAGGAGGAGGAGGAGGAGGAGGCCAGCAUCGCAGAGGAAGAUGGAGGCCGCGCGGAGGCCCCCCGGGUCACGGCGGGGCCCGCGGCCGAUCGCAGCAGCCAGUCCAACGGGACCCUGAGCAGCGUCAACGUCUUCGCCUCGGCCGAGGAGCUGGAGAAGGCCAGGCGCCUGGAGGAGAGGGAGCGCAUCGUCAGGGAGAUCUGGAGGAACGGCCAGCCGGACAUCCUGGCCACGGGCACCGGGACCAUCGGACGGGUGCAUUACCACUAACGGGCCCACGGACUCGGAGCGAGCAGAAGCCACGGUUCUGCAGGGAGGAGUCGGGUCUGAGCCUUUGAGCUGUAGUGAAGUCCUUCAUCUGCAGCUUCAUCUGGUGUGAAUGAAACCUUCGCCCACAUGUUAAAAGGAGAGAGACACGUAGAAGGUGCAGUUGAUGUGUUGGGUUCAUGACUAUAUUUGCACACUGGGAUGUUAAUUAUGGAAACAAGUUGCAACAGGCCAAGUAUGUGUGAAACAUUACUCACUUAUUAGUUUUCUCAUUCGUCAACACUACGUUUGGCUAUGGAACAUCGCGGUCGGGGUUCUUCAUUUCCUGACUCAAGUCCAAAGAAGUGACUGGGAAAAUAAAGUGUUUAUUAAUCAGAUCAUCAACUGUGGUCAGAUGCGGCCGGUGUCAGAGGCCGUUGUCGGGCUGGGUUCUCUUGGCAGAGGACGCAGGUUCCCACAGAACCCUCGGCUUUUCCCAGUCUUCACAACUCUGACCCAGUCGCUUCCUGUGCUUCCCCUCCCAGCGUUCCCAGUGAAAUCAGAUUACCCUCCACGUCGUGCUCCUGAAGCUCGCAGGGCGAGUCAUUAGCCUGCAGCCACUGUGGAGGUCACAGCGCAUGGAAAGCAGCUGCUGGCUGUCCAACGCGGGGGCUGAUGGUGAGGCCUCUUGGGAGCAUGUUGUGCGUGAGCUUCAUUGGGAGUGGCAGCGUUUCAGGCGGCUCCUCUCUCCUCCAGAUACAAACAGCAGCAGCUCGCAGAGUUCAAAGAAACGCAGCUGAUGAUGAAGGUUUCAUUUCAACCCAAGCAGCCAAAGCAGCUCGAACUCUUUUACCCCAGGAUCUGUCAUUAAUGAACACUGCCGACUGAGGACCUUAAACAUAAUCAGAACAUUUACCCUCAGAUGCAUUCAGUUGGUUUUACGCUUGUGACCUAUGUUUGCUUUAGAUUCUGACCCACAGUAGGUUUGUUCUUCCAUCCUACCUGUGAAGCACCUCCUUUCCAGGCGUCAUUCAGGCGUCUGGAGCGCGUCGAACUCCCUGUCUGCUCCACGCUUCAGAGGCAGAGGAGGCUCAGGCCAUGUGUCUAUGGCAGAUCUGCUUUCUGAGAGGUGCGUCUACAUUUCUGAAGCCUGAUGUUUCAUGUGCACAGGAACAUUAGUCCAACUCUCCCAGUGGUGGUUCAUCACAUGCUGCAGCAGCAUCAGCGUCAGGUGAAGCUUAAGGCCUGAGGAGGCUUCGUCUCCUCAUUGGGUCAUAAGUAUCCAGCCUCAUACAGCACCUCAUUGGUUCAUAGGUAUCCAGCCCUCCCCCCCUUCAGGUCCAACCGCAGAUGCUGGUAAAGACCUUCUGUCUGUUCGCAGCUAUGAAAGAGGCAUUUAGCUCCGCAGCACCGCGCUCAACCAGGGCAGAGCUUCCUGAAGUGGAUCCGGGCGACGUCCCAGCAGACAGUCUGUUUUUUGUUAGUUUGGUUUCCCCUCCGCCUCUGAAAAGGCCGAUUAUGCUUCACGUCAGUGCUGUGACCAGCGUCAUCGAGGUGUCAUUCCACUGAAUAAGACACCCAUGACCCGACACUGUCUGUUUGUUAGGGUUUCACCAUUGUCUGCCUGAGGACGUGGGUGCGGUCCCCAGAGAAGCUCCAUAUUAUGUUAUUCUCUUUGCUUUGUCACAGACCAUGAGAACUGAAUUAGCCGUCUUCCUCCCGAUUCAUUACAUUUACACCCUCCUCUGCCUCAGCAGGGUCAAUCCAGGCCUCAAGCUGAGCUCAAAAAUGGUUUACAAUUAAUACUAGCAUUUAAUACUUAUGUUUCCACCCAAGUCCACCCCUUGUUCUAUCCAGAUGUUCCUUUCCUUCACACAAAAACAGACACUAUUGCCCUGAAUCAAAGAAAGAUUUAUUGAAAAUUAAAAGACAUGUAAAAAAAGUUUUCAGCUUGGGAUUAAACAUAAACCAGGUCCUACAGUUUUGUGGCGUACAUGCAGUAUGUAGAGUGAAAAGUGGGACAAAGCAGUUUAGAGAGACUCUAGUUGUGCCAACUCUUAAAAAUAUACAUGU